AUGGCUCUUCGACAUAUUCGGAAGAGCAGAUUGCCUUCCAGAAGCCCGGCAUAUUUGCUGGACUCCCACACACCAUCGUCAAGCGAGCAGAUAAAUGGCAAAGACCACUCCAACAAGUCACGAACAGAGGCGUCGCGUCAAUCAUUCAAGGACUGGACUGCUUCGGAUCGACGAGCUUCUGCACCCGCCUCUACUCGUGUUUCCACGAUUCAACCUCUCAAUUUGACAGAUGAACCCGCACAACAGCUUUCUGCAGAUAGAAUUAGCGGCCCACAAGCAAAUGGCCUCGAUGUUGAGGACCUUGGAGUCAAUCGUUGCCGCCAAGCAGACAGUAUCCAGAGACGCCCAUCAUCUCAUCUAAUGCUGGAAGACGGCGAUGAAGAGGGAAGACCUGCCCCCUUCACGAUGAUUGCAGCUGAAGAUGAUCCGCUGAACGACUCAGGAGAAGGCUUUAGUCAUCAACAACAAGAUAUGGCAAGCGGAGCGAAUCCUCUCCCGUGCUCGGCGCUUCGUGAGGUCGACAAUCGACGCCGACUAGAGAUGGGCGCAGAUGUCAACCAAUUUUAUGGAAGGCAGAAUCCGUAUCUCAAUCUUCCAGCCUCCCUUUUACAAACUCCAACGAAUCAUGAGCUACCCCCUUGCGCUAGUCCGAAACUUGCAGAUGCUGCAUAUGAGCUUGCAGGUAUGUUAGGAACCGAGAAAUUUGUUCUUUACAAGCGUACGCCACGAGGACCAGAAAGCACUGCGCACGCCAUCUUCCAGCGAAUGAAAGAGCGCGUCCCUGAGCGAAGUGCAGCGUCACCACGAACAGAUGAAGGAUACCUCUACGUCUUCAAGAUUGAUGACCAUCCUGGCUACGUUAAGAUUGGGCUUACCACGCGGAAAGUGCAAAAUCGAUUGAAAGAAGUAGAAAAGAAUUUCCCGGGCCGACUCACUGUAGCAGAUACAGAUUCUUACUGCCUAGUAAAACACCUGAAUCGGCUGGAAACAAUAAUCAAAGACGAUUUGCAUGACGAACAGAGGUUCCAGAAGGGGCUGGACAAGUCGGGAAAGGAGUCUUUGCUCGGAGAACUGUUUGAAAUCGACGAACAGCGAGCGGUUGCGAUUGUGCGAAAAUGGAGAGAUUGGAUUCGAUCCAAUCCGUACGAUGGCAACGGACGAUUGUCCAAGCACUGGGCGAACAAAAUCCAAAUUUUCGAAACGAGAUUCGACAUUCUCCUCGAGGGGUUUGCGACUGUCAAGCGAUGGGAUCCACUUCUGAACUCGUUGAAUAUGCCUUCUCUGAGGUUCAGGUUGCACUGCUGGGCGAAGCAGACCCGCAGAUCUCGCUUUGACAAGUCGAUGGUCAAGGGAGAAAUGGAUGUUCUAUGUCGGCUGAUGUUGCUCAUCGUUCUAUGGGCUUUGCUUGGAUUUUGGCGUGUGGCUGCCUUGAGUCAUGUUUUCGCAUUCUUUGCAUUUGUAUAA